AUGGGAAGAAGCCCUUGUUGCUCAAAGGAGGGUUUGAACCGCGGUGCCUGGACAGCUCAAGAAGACAAAAUCCUCAGAGAUUAUAUCAGUCUCCAUGGCCAAGGAAAAUGGAGGAACCUUCCUCAAAGAGCAGGGUUGAAACGUUGUGGGAAAAGUUGCAGGCUUCGAUGGUUAAAUUAUCUGAGGCCAGAUAUUAAAAGAGGAAACAUAUCAGAAGAUGAAGAAGAACUUAUCAUAAGACUUCACAAGCUACUUGGAAACAGAUGGUCACUUAUAGCCGGGAGGCUUCCAGGAAGAACAGACAAUGAGAUCAAGAAUUAUUGGAACACAAAUUUAGGCAAAAGAGUUAGAGAUCUUCAAACAAUAAGCAGUGCAUCUUCUCAGCAACCCAAUGAAACAAAUAACAACAUUCAGAAACCAACAACAAUGCCUCCUACAACCAAUAAAGUGGUCUCCACAACCACUCCCUCUCUGUCACCGUUAAACGAUUCACAUUCUCUUCUCGUCCGUACAAAAGCUUCUAAGUGCUCUAAGUCAUUAUUCUUGGAUCAUUCAUCAACAACAACAACUUCACUGCAGCAGAACAAGACUUCUAGUAAUAAUAAUAAUAAUAAUGACAAUAGCCACGAACUCGAUGAAACCGCCGCCGAUCAUGUUUUGCUGCCACCGCCGGAAGAAUACAAAGAGAUCUCGACAACAGAAUUGCUCUUGGAUUUUGACGUUGGCGAUAUUUGCUUGCAUUCUCUUCUGAACUCGGAUUUCGAGGAUAUAUGCGAUUUCGGUUACAACAACAGUAACAGUAACUGCGAGGAUCUGUUUGGAUUCUCACCGCCGGAGCAGAUGCAGCUGGAUUCUUCUGAUGAAGUUCUAAAGGAAGCCACCGUACCAAGCAACUUCCCUGACGAAACAAAUAAUAUUGUAGAAAACAUACAGUUUCUGUGA